AUGCAAGCUGGACAUCUAUUGUUGGGAAGACCAUGGCAAUAUGAUAGAAGAGCGCUUCAUGAUGGCUUCCACAACCGAUAUUCUUUGAUCCAUAAGGGGAAAAAGGUGGUUCUUGUACCAUUAUCACCUCAAGAGGUAUAUGAAGAUCAAAGAAAGAUAGUUGAAAGAGAAAGAGAGGUUUCGGCCUUGAGAAAACAUGAGAGUGAAAAUUUGAGAAUGAGAGAACAAAAGAGAGAAAAGAGUAAGGAUGAGGGAAAAGAGGCCACAAAAAUAACAAAACAAAUAAAUGGCCCAAUUGUGAGUGAAAAACAGAAAAGAGAGGAGAAAAAGAAACAGACUUUUUAUGCUAGAACUAGGGAGGUUAAGUGUGCCAUUGCCUUGGAGAAGCCCGCCCAUAUUGCUUCUUUAGGGAAUUUUGAUGAAAUGUUCUUUCCUAGUGAAUUACCAAGUGGGGUUACCACUUUAAGAGGAAUAGACAACAUCAAAUUGACUUCAUUCCUGGAUCCCCCAUUCAAAUAG